UGGGCGGGGCCCGCGCGGCCCGCGCCCCCGGCCCCGGCGGAGCAGGAAGUGGUGCUGGCGGUCAUCCUGCCGCGCAACAACACGGCGUACCCCUGGGCGUGGCCGCGCGUGGGGCCCGCCCUGGAGCGCGCCCUGGCCCGCGUGAACUCCGACCCCGGCCUGCUGCCCGCCCACCGGCUGCGCUACGUCUUCGCCGACAGCGAGAACGAGGCGGGCAUCUGCUCCGAGUCCGUGGCGCCGCUGGUGGCCGUGGACCUCAAGUUCUCGCACGACCCCUGGGCCUUCGUGGGCCCCGGCUGCGACUACGCGUCCUCGUCCGUGGGCCUGUUCACCACGCACUGGGGGCUGCCCAUGGUCACCGCCGGCGCGCCCGCCAUCGGCUUCUCCGGCACGCACGUGUACGACUCCAUCACCAACACGGGCCCCACGCACAAGAAGCUGGGCCGCUUCGCCGUGCACCUGCAGCGCCACUUCGGCUGGCGCCGCCACGCCCUGCUCAUGUUCUCCGACAACAAGGUGGACGACCGGCCCUGCUACUUCGCCACCGAGGGGCUGUACUCGGAGCUGGGCCAGGACAACAUCACCACCGCCGACCUGGUGCUCAACGAGCAGGCCGGGCCCCUGCCCUUCGCCUCCUUCCUGCAGGACAUCAAGCACAGCGGCCGCGUGGUGUACGUGUGUUGUGCAUGGGACACGUUCCGGCAGCUGAUGGUGAACUUCCGGAAGGCCGGUCUGCCGCAGGAGGAGUAUGUCUUCUUCUACAUCGACGUGUUCGGCCGCAGCCUGCUCUCCCGCCCGCCCCAGCCCUGGGCCAAGGGCGACGCCGAUGACCCCGUCGCCAAGGAGGCCUUCCGGAGCGUGAAAAUCGUGACCUACAGAGAACCGCAGAACCUUGAGUACAAAGAGUUUGUUUCUGACUUGAAGGCGGACGCAAAAGCACUCUUCAACUUCACUGUGGAGGACUCGCUGAUGAACCUGAUUUCCGGGGGGUUCUACGAUGGGGUGAUGCUCUACGCCCAGGCCCUGAACGAGACUCUCACCCUGCAGGGGGGCGGGGUGCCUCCAGGGAAGGCCAUCACCAAGAGGAUGUGGAACCGCACCUACCACGGAGUGACAGGCCUGGUGAAGAUAGAUGAGAAUGGGGAUCGGGAGAUAGACUUUGCAUUGUGGGAUAUGACGGAUGCUGAAUCUGGAGUCUUCCAGGUGGUGCUGGUGUAUAACGGCACCAGGGAGCAGAUGCUGUCUCUGCCCGGGGUGAAGGUGCAGUGGCCAGGAGGGUCUACUCCCCUCGACGUGCCCCUCUGCGGAUUCAAGAACGACAACCCCACCUGCUUAGCACAGACUGUCACAAUGCACCAGAUGAUCGUCGUGGUGAUAUGCUUCAUCUUCGUCAUCAUCAUCACCGUCGCCAUCUUCAUAUACAGGAAGCUGAAGUUGGAGAGUGAGCUCUCAGCCCAGCUGUGGAGGGUGAACUGGGAGGAUCUGCAGAUGAGCAACCUGGAGAAGAUGCUGCACCGAGCCUGCAGUAAACUCACCCUGUCCAUGAGAGGGUCUAAUUAUGGCUCACUCCUGACUAUGGAGGGAAACUUCCAGAUCUUUGCCAAGACUGGCUACUACAAGGGGAAUAUCACGGCCAUAAAGUACGUCAACAAGAAGCGCAUCGAGCUGACCAGGAAGGUGCUGUUUGAGCUGAAGCACAUGAGGGAUGUCCAGAACGAGCACCUGACCCGUUUCAUCGGCGCCUGCAUCGACGCCCCCAACAUCUGCAUCAUCACAGAGUACUGUCCCCGCGGGAGCCUGCAGGACAUUAUGGAGAACGAGAGCAUCACCUUGGACUGGAUGUUCAGAUACUCUCUCAUCAACGACAUUGUGAAGGGCAUGGCUUUUCUGCACAACAGCGUGAUCGUCUCCCACGGCAGCCUGAAGUCGUCGAACUGCGUGGUGGACAGCCGCUUCGUGCUGAAGAUCACGGACUACGGCCUGGCCAGCUUCCGCGGAGAGGCCGACAGCGAGGACGCGCACACCUUCUACGCCCGAAAGCUGUGGACCGCCCCGGAGCUGCUGCGGGCUGAGUGCCCCCCGCCCAGCGGGACGCAGAAGGGCGACGUCUACAGCUUCGGCAUUAUCCUGCAGGAAGUGGCGCUGCGCAAGGGCGUCUUCUACCAGGAGGGGGAGCCGCUGAGUCCCAAAGAGAUCAUCGACCGUGUGGCCCUGGGCGAGUGGCCCUACCUGCGGCCGGCCGUCAGCCCCCAGAGCCACAGCGAGGAGCUGGGUCUGCUGAUGCAGCGCUGCUGGGCCGAGGACCUGGGGGAGAGGCCCGACUUCAGCCACGUCAAGAUCCUGCUGCACAAGCAGAACGGCGGCUCCAGCUCCAACAUCCUGGAUAACCUGCUGUCACGCAUGGAGCAGUACGCCAACAACCUGGAGGAGCUGGUGGAGGACCGCACCCAGGCCUACCUGGAGGAGAAGCGCAAAGCCGAGGCCCUUCUGUACCAGAUCCUGCCCCACUCGGUGGCGGAGCAGCUGAAGAGGGGCGAGACGGUGCAGGCCGAGGCCUUCGACUCCGUCACCAUCUACUUCAGCGACAUCGUGGGCUUCACCGCCAUCUCCGCCGAGAGCACGCCCAUGCAGGUGGUGACUCUUCUGAAUGAUCUGUACACCUGCUUUGAUGCCAUCAUUGACAACUUUGACGUUUACAAGGUGGAGACGAUCGGCGACGCGUACAUGGUGGUGUCGGGGCUGCCGGUGCGGAACGGGAAGCUGCACGGCCGCGAGGUCGCCCGCAUGUCGCUGGCGCUGCUGAGGGCCGUGCGCUCCUUCAAGAUCCGCCAUCGCCCCGAGCAACAGCUCCGUCUGCGGAGUGGGAUCCACAGCGGCCCAGUGUGUGCAGGGGUAGUGGGGUUGAAGAUGCCUCGGUACUGUCUGUUCGGAGACACAGUCAACACUGCCUCCCGCAUGGAGUCCAAUGGAGAAGCGCUGAGGAUCCACGUGUCGGAGGCGACGCGGGCGGUCCUGGAGGAGUUCCUCAGCUUCCAGCUGGAGCUGCGCGGGGAGGUGGAGAUGAAGGGCAAGGGCCGCCUGCGCACCUACUGGCUGCUGGGGGAAACCACGGCGACCGGCGGCGCGGGGGAAACCACGGCGACGGGGGAAACCAUGGCGACUGGCGGGGCGGGGGAAACCACGGCGACGGGGGAAACCACGGCGACCGGCGGGGCGGGGGAAACCACGGCGACCGGCGGGGCGGGGGAAACCACGGUGACCGCCAGGGCGGCGGAAACCAUGCCGACCGCCAGGGUGGGAGAAACCACGGCGACCGCCAGGGUGGGAGAAACCACGGUGACCGCCAGGGCGGGAGAAACCACAGCGACCGUCGGAGACAAGCAGGGAUGCGAAUAG